UGUGUUUUUUCAGGUCCCCCACAAGUCAUUGGUAAAGUUAAUCAUCGCCAUAUUGCUAAAGUUGGUCACAAUACAAAACUCUUGUGUCCAGUAGAAGCUGAUCCUCUACCAUUGAUGCUGUGGAAGAAAAAUGGACAAAAUAUUCCCAAUGGUUGGACUAGGUUCAAAGUUUCUAAAGAAGGACAAUUACGUAUAAAGCAAGUGGAGAUGGAUGAUGCAGGAACAUAUGAAUGUAAAGCUAUCAAUGGAUUUGGAAAUAUUAAAAUCAAUUAUUCUCUGAUUGUAGUCGGUAAUGCAAAUUGUGACACCACUGCAUAUUCAAAACUUGAAAACUCAGACAUUUACUCCUCCCAAUUAGAAAUAGAAAAAAGGCUUGCUGCACCCACCUUCACUGAAUUACCAAAGAAAGAUCAUAUUGUGAAGCCAGUCGGUAGUAGUGUCAGGUUAAAAUGCCGAGCUGAAGGAAACCCCAGACCUCAUGUAGCUUGGUAUCUCAAUAACCAUUUAUUAGAAAUAGAUGAAGAUCCCUCCAAACAUCCACAAUGGAUUUUAAAGUUACAGAAUGUAAAAGAAACUGAUAGUGGACAAUAUACAUGCAGAGUUAGCAACAGAUUGGGAGAAAUAAACCAUACUUAUACUCUAGAGGUUAUUGAGAAAAUCAAUACCAAGCCAGUAUUAAUUGCUCCACAUCCUAUGAAUACUAGUGUAGAAUAUGGUGGUACUGCAUCAUUCCAAUGUCGUGUACGUAGUAUAGUUCAACCACAUAUACAGUGGUUAAAAAGAGUAGAAGACAUGGAUGCCAUUCCCAACCAAAAUACAACAAUAGAGGUUAAAGGCCAGAAGUUUGUGGUAUUAAAAACGGGUGAAGUGUGGAAUCGACCUGAUGGUACCUACGUUAAUAAACUUCUGAUAUCUCAUGCUACCCAAUCGGACGCAGGAAUGUAUAUUUGUCUCGGUGCUAACACUGUGGGAUAUAAUUUUAAAAGCGCCUUCUUAACAGUGUCUUCAGGUAUGUUCAACUUCUUAUUAUGGUAG